UGCCCGGGCAACCUUAGCCAUAGCGUGUGCACGUCCCUGGCCCUAAUCAAAAUACAUGAAAAAAGAAUAGGGCAACAUGAGAUCGAGGUGGCUUGUGUGGAGUGCAUGACAACUGUUGUCAUCAUAAAUUGUUGGAAACACGAUGACAUCACAAUGCCCAAGUAGAUAUAGCCAGGUGUUCUGUGAAACUUGUCAUUGUACAACUACAUGCAAAAUGGGAUCGUGCUUCUCUUGUUUAAAGGUAUGUUUAUUAUAUGAUCUAAUAUCAGAUCGUGUUGAAUAGCUUUAAGUAUAUAGGAAUAAGAAUAUUAUACUAUAAUAACUUAAAUCACAAUGAAUUAUUUGAUCAAAAUAGUAAAAUCACACACAUACCUACUUCUGAUCACUGAUUCAAAUGGAAGAAAGCCAUGGGUGCUUUUUUGAUUAAGUAAACUGCAGUACUGCUGUCUUCUAAGAGUUUAGAAAAAACGAUCUGUGGCAUUUUCACACCAGCAGAAUACUGGGCCUGAACGUUAUUUUAUUUCAAGACAGUGCACAACUGUGGUAGUACAAGUUGCUUUCACAAAUACAUCAGUCAAAAUAAACUCUGCUGUGUCUCCAAACAGCCCAAAAAGGCCAAAAAGCUAAAAAAGCACAAAGCUCAAUCAGCUGUGAAUGAAGACAGGAUCAAGGCAGAUGUGCAGAGUUCAACUCCUCCGUCCAUCUCCUUCCACCAUGCUCCAUCAAAAGCUGAGAGCCUCCUGCCAGCUUGCUCCACCUCGGCAAAGCAGGACAAGAAGAUGGGACUGGAGCAUCAAUCCUGCAGUUCCCUCUCUCCUUCCUCUAGCCCGCCCCCCUCUCUUCAUUCCCUUUCUCCCUCAAACUCCCUAGAUUUCCCUGCACCAGACUCUCUUUCCUUGUUGUCUGGGGCAUCUAGCCUCACCUCACUCCACCUCUCCUCUCUCUUUCCUUCUCAGACCAGCCUUUUACCUGACUGCCUCACUACACCUACCCCUUUCCCACCCCGACCCCUAAACUGAUUCAUGUCCUCCCCAUGUCCCCCAUCUCCCAUCCUAACCCCACCCCGUCAUCUCCAGUCCUUUUCCUCACGGCAGUGAUAGCUGAGUCUCCUAUUGACUCCCAUCCAGCCUCCCUGUGCCCUCUAACCCCCUCACCACUGCCUCUGUCUCCCAUCCAUUGCCUUCUUACCCCUAGCCCCUCCCCGGUCCCUCUCCCUGCUCCUAUUCUCCUGGAGCUCCCCACACCUGCCGGCAGCUCCCCCAGCUCCGCUGGGUCCUCUGUCACCCAGGACCAAAGCAGCAGUGCAAGUCCAGAGAGAAGGCAAUAUGACCCUCCAACAGUCCUCUGCGUCUCUCGACAGUGCUGUGGCUGUCCAGGACUUGUCCACCACAACAAAGCAACAAGCAGAUCUCAUGUCCACCCUCAAGAGUCUACUCAGCUUUCUGGACUUUCAGAGUGGGCAGGGAGAAGGAAAAGACAGGAUCAAGCUGCUGGGGUUGCCUAAUAUCGGAAACACAUGCUUUCUUAAUGCAACCCUGCAGUGCUUGUUUGCACUUCCGGAAUUCUCCACCAACAUCGUGAGGCAGGAAGAGAUCUGGGGGCCUGCUUCCUCUUCAGUUUUACUGAGAUGCUUCCAUGAACUCCAGGCAGCCAGAAACUACACCAGUACGGGCAGGAAAACUUCCAAAAAUCUCAAAAAGAAGAUUCUGUACAGGGUCAAGAACUGUCUAGCACAAUACAACGACAGUUACCUCGAAAAUUACGAGCAGGACGCACACGAGCUCCUUAUAUUUGUCCUCUGCCAGCUAAAGGCUGAGGGGGAGUCUCUGAGGCAUUACAUCUGCCCAGUGGCCAGCCUGGAGUUUAAUAUGCAGAUCGAACGCACCUGCUGCAGGUGUGGAGAGAAGGUUUACAGAGAAGAACCUUUCAACUUCCUGUCCCUAGAGUUGACUCCAUGCCUUAAGAAAAGUUUGUGUCUGUACUUCAAGGCAGCAGAUGUGGAGUGCAGAUGUGAGCUGUGUCUGGGUGAGCAGGCGUCUGUGGUCAGCAAGCUCCUCUCCCUUCCCCGUGUUCUAGUUCUCCAUAUGAAGAGGUUCAGUUUUGAGGAUGGGAAACUGGUCAAAAGGACUGAAGACAUGGCCAUCCCAGGAAUUAUACCACUGUCCUGUAUCUCAGUCUGUGGGGAUGAAACAUCCAAAUGGACAACCCAGGAGACACUGGAGUCUACCGCCUGUCUGGGAUCAUCUCUCAUGUGGGAGACAGCAUGAACUCCGGCCAUUACAUCAGUGACGUUGCCCAGGGCCAGGGUGAUGGAUGGCUCACUCUGGAUGACACCAAUGUGAUAAGAGCAGACGAGGCCAUGGUGCGGGGGGAUUGUGCAUCUCUGGCCUACAUCCUGUUCUACACCUACAGUCUUACUAGUUUUAGUGGAGAAGGUGAAGGACACUAGAACACCAGGGGCCCACUAGACUACCAGGAGCCCACCAUUCACCAUGGGCCCUCUAUCAACCAGGAUCCCCCUCUCCACCAGCGGCCUGCUAGACCACCAGGGGCCCGCUAGACCAGGGGUUCCCAACCUUUUCCCCAGGAGACCCCUAAUUUAACUUUCAAAAUCCUUAACGACCCCCCGUCCCGCAUUUACUAUUAGUUAAUCAGUGUUAGAUGAUUUUUUGUCUGAAGAUGGUCCAAGGAAAGCACCACAAUGAAAAGAGUUGACUUUGUUUAUUAGAUCGAGCUGCUCGGAUCAGGUCACCGUAUCAGGCAGAGUGGUUGGCAUGAGUGAGAAACAUGUCUCUCAUCAAUCAAACAGGAAUUACUGUUAUCUCUUCUCAAGUUUUUAAUAAAUGCAACAACAGCAGAAUAAUAAACAUAACAAGCUACGAUUCAGAAGGAUAUUUUUUUCUUUGCAGCACCAGGCUCCAUUUUCUGCUCUUAUUUAUAAUAAUAAAAUAAUAGAAGCAAAUCAGAAUCUACUCAAUCGCAUUGAAAAUAUAUUCUCCCCGUGUCUUUGACAAAUUAGUAUACAAAAGAAUGUCCUGCUUUAUUUCGGCGUCUUCAAUGUACUGCACAUAUGCAGUGAGUACUGCUUCAUCUGCCACAGUAGAAAUGUCAUCAAGUUGGAUAGAAAAUGGGUACAUCUUUAACUUUUCAACUAACGUCUUCUCAACAUCAUCUGCCAAUGUGUAGAUUCUGGCUUUUACUGUAUUAUUUGAUAAAGGUAUAGUUUUACGUUUGGAAGCCUAUACUAUUUCUACCAUUUUUACACAAGCGGGUUUAAUCAGUUUCCCAGUGAUGUGUGGCUUUUUGGAUUUGACCAUUAAGAAAGCACACUCAAAAGAUGCUGUUGCCUGUCUGUUUUCAUUUCCAGCUCUAGUAAAAGCCUCUCUGAUGUCCUGGGGCCUGUUUGAUAUAACCAGUUCUUUUUUCCUAAGGAAAAUUUCACUGGGUAUACCAAUUGUCUGUGGAUAAGCAGGAAACACACAUUAGACAGUUGCACAACUGAUGCAACACAACUGCCAUCAGGGAAAAGUGAGACAGCUUUUAUACUGUAUAUUGAUGCAUUGCCUACCUGCCCAAACUUACUCCAGAGAUAGAAAUUGAAAACCCUAGAAGUAGUUAACCACCAAAUAAAUACGUUUGUUAUACUAUCUGACUGACUUCAUUUUUCUGAU